AUGGGGUCGUCUGCGUCCAAGGCUGCCCACAGGGCGACCACCGAUGAGCCCACAGAACCCGAGGCGAAACAUCUGGCGGACCUAAUACAGUACAUAAAUGGAACAAAUAUGAGUGUUCAACAUCUGGCUGAUAUUCUUUCUGAGAAAACCAGGAGCAGCAGCUGGGUGGUAGUGUUCAAAGCCCUGGUUACUGUACAUCACCUUAUGGUGCAUGGAAAUGAGCGUUUUAUCCAACAUCUUGCAUCUAGAAACUCUUUGUUCACUUUACACAACUUCCUGGAUAAAAGUGUCAUGGAAGGCUAUGCUAUGUCAACCUUCAUCAGACGAUAUAGCAGGUACUUGAAUGAGAAGUCACUCGCAUAUAGACUGAUCGCAUCUGACAUCACCAAAACCAAGAGAGGGAUGGAUGGUAUGAUGAGAACUAUGGAUACAAAACAGCUGCUAAACACUCUUCCAGUUAUUCAAACUCAGUUUGAUGCUCUUCUUAAUUUUAACGCAAAUCCUGAUGAACUAACGAAUGGUAUAAUACAUGCUGCUUUCAUGCUCCUCUUUAAGGAUUCUCUUCGCCUCUUUGCAGCCUAUAAUGAGGGGAUCCUUAAUUUGCUAGACAAAUAUUUUGAUAUGAGGAAAAACGAAUGCAAGGAAAGUUUGGAUAUUUACAUCAAGUUCCUCGAAAGAACAUCCAAACUGGUACAGUUCCUGAAAGUUGCAGAGCAAGUUGGAAUUGACCAGAACAACAUUCCAUAUCUUACACAGGCACCCCACAGUUUACUUGAAGCACUAAAACAGCAUUUAGCUUCUUUGGAAGAGAACAAUGACAGUUUGCUUCCUUACAGAUUUGUCAUUCUCCAAAAUGGGCUGAUUUAUAAAUCCCAUCUUAGAUCUGACAUGAAGUGGCCUCAGCCUUCAGAGAUGGAAAUUCCUGGUGGAAUGAAGUGGCAGUUGAAUACCUACACCUGCACAUCAACGCUCUGGAAACAUAUUUCUAUUCCUCCUGUUCCCCACAUGAUGUUCUUAUACAUUUUGGAUAUUAAUCCCCUAUCAGAUAGAUGA